UUGAGCUUUCUUCCGACAGCACUUGAAGGCACCAUUAGGUUUGGGUUACACCUCAAACGCCUGCAAGAUGCUAAAGAAAAAUACGUUAUCUUGGCUUCUAUGUGAUCGACAACGCGUCCUUAAAACCCCUGUAUAACAUAUCCGACUCAUUAUGGAUGAAGAGGAUAAGAUGCGAGCCAGAUGUCACCUCUUGGACCUUCCCUGGGAGGAUGUGCUGGUUCCACAUAUUUUAUGUCAUUUGCCGCUGCAACACCUCGUCAGCCUGCAGAGGGUGAGCAAGCAGUUUCACAGCCUCAUCCAGGUGUAUCUGGCCAACUGCAGGACCUUUGAUCUGUCCAUGAUUGGACCAUCCAUUCCCAAGGAGGCGUUUGUCUCCAUGUUGAAGGACAACAAAGUUCUCCACAGCCUCUCCCUUCAGAACUGUUCCGACUGGGUGACAGACAAGGAGCUGCUGCCAGUGAUCGGCCAGAACCAGCAUCUGCAGAGAGUGGACAUGAGUGGCUGUGUUUGUCUCACCCGCCACUCGCUGGUGGCCGUGUCCUUGAGCUGCACGCACCUCCACCACCUCGGCCUGGCGCACUGCGAGUGGGUGGACAGCCUGUCCCUGCGCAGCCUGGCUGACCACUGCGGGGGGCUGCAGUCGAUCGACCUCACCGCCUGCCGCCAACUCAAGGACGACGCCAUCUGCUACCUGGCCAAGAAGUGCUUGAAGUUGAGGUCUCUAUCGUUGGCAGUCAACGCCAACGUCACCGAUGAGUCGGUGGAGGAGGUGGCCAAGAACUGCAGGGGCCUGGAGCAGCUGGACCUGACAGGUUGCCUGCGGGUCAGGAACCAGUCUAUCAGGACUCUUGCAGAGUACUGCCCGAAGCUGCAGUCCCUGAAGGUGAAUCAUUGUCACAAUGUGACAGAGUCAAGCCUGGAUCCUCUACGGAAGCGCAAUGUAGUGAUAGAUGUUGAGCCGCCUUUGCAGAGGGCUCUGGUACUUCUUCAGGACGUGCUGGGGUUCGCUCCCUUUAUCAAUCUGCAGAUAUAGCCAAAGGGCCAUCUAUCUGUCCAACAAGAGCUCACAGGUGUCUUCAUCAAGGCGGUCACUCUCAAGGACACGUGGGUCGGGACAGUCCAAGAAGACCGGGAUGAGGCACGCCACGUGGAAGAGUAAAGUCACUGGAAUGUGAACGAUGCACAUUUGUGCUCGAACCCAAAAUAACGCCACAUUUAAGCGGCUGAAGAAAGCCAUUAACUUUGUAAGAAUUGUUGCCUCAUGUCCAAACGAUGUCACUGCACUAAGGUUGCAAAUGGUGUGAGAUUUUCACAGCAUGGGAACUGUUUCAGAAGGUAUCUUUGCCAAACUGUAUUACACAAUUAUUACACUUGUUAUUAUCCGUUACAGUGACCCUGAAUGUAUCCAAACAGAAGGGUUUCUGGGUCGAACAAACACUUUCUUAGAAUUUCAUAAACUGCUAAACUGUCCCGACAGACACAACACUUGAUAUAAACUUGGAAUAUUAUCCUUUUAAUGAACGAUAAUACGGUAGAAUUCAGUGUCAUAGAUAAGCAGAUGUAUUCAGUAUGAUAAUCAUCAACUUUUCAUAUCACGGUAUACCACACACGGUAUAUCGCUGUCACUCACACUGCACUACCCGGUAUUCAUUCAGUGUCGUUAUAAUGUGGUUUUGUUAAAAAAAAAAAAAAAAGGAAAAAAAAGCAAUUCUUACCAAAAGUACGGUGCAUUGUUUUGUUGGUUUUACCUUUUUUAAAUACACAAUUUACUUUGUGUGUUUUAUGAUAUUUUAAGAAACAUCUAUGUUUCAUUUGGAAACAUUUAAAAAAAAAAGUCUGAGUUUGAUUAAACAUUUAGUUUUGCAUGUACUGUUUUUAUGUAUGUGCAAGCUUAAAGGAUCAACUCGAUUGCACAGAAACGUUUUCUUACAUAGCAAUUUUUUUGUUUUUUGUUUGUUUGUUUGUUUUUUUUCUCCACUACUGAGACUUCCGCUGCCACCACAAGACAACCAAGGUGAAUGCAGUUUUGUUCACGUGUCUUCCAGAAACAAAGUCCUGUCUCCUUCAGGACGAAUCCGCAGACCUCACUGUCGGCACUUCUUCAGACUGCUGACCAGCUUUGUCGCUCGCAGCAGUUGCUACACCGGAACGAUCUGCAUGACUGGCAGCAGAUUAGUGGGAGAAUGUUCACAUAUAAUAUUUGCGACGUGGGUGAAGCAACCCUUUAAUUCAUAUUGUUAACAGAUCCACUCUUGUAUAGCUGAGUGUUUGUCUGAAUUGAGUGUAGGAGCUAAUUACGACUGUUUCCCAUCUGACCCCUUGAAAUGAGUUUUGUAAAAAGCACCUGUGUUGAACUGCUGUUGCUCAUUAAUACAGUAUGUGAAUUGUUAAGGAAAUAUUAAAUUGUAAAAUACGACACCAUCA